AUGGAAUUAGCAUUUCUAAAUGUUGAUGACCAAGUAUCAGUCAUUGCAUUGGUACUUGGUAGUUUUAUUUUAAUAUUUGGUCUUGUAUCAUAUCUUGUAAGAGGAAAAAUAUAUAUAUCAGAGACACUCAUAGCUUUUAUAGUUGGCGUUAUAGUUGGACCUUAUGUCUUAAACAUAAUUAAUCCUAAAAGUUUGGGAGAUGUAAAUAUCAUGGCCAAACAAUUUACUAGGAUUGUAAUAGCAAUACAGGUUAUGGCAGCAGGUGUUGUUUUACCAAAAGCAUACUUACGAACAGAAUUCAGAUCUAUAAUAAUUCUGGUUGUUCCUGUUAUGUCAUGGAUGUGGGUUGUUAGUGGACUUGCUGUUUAUUUAUUCGUACCGCGACUUACUUUUUUGGGUGCAUUAUUGAUUGCUUCAUCGGUAACACCAACUGAUCCUGUAUUGGCAAAUUCCAUUAUAAAGGGAAAAUAUGCUGAAAAAUAUGUUCCUGCUAAUGUCAGAGAUGCCAUAUCAGCCGAGAGUGCGGCAAAUGAUGGCCUUGGAUACCCUUUUCUUUUCUUUUGUAUUUAUUUAAUGACUCUUCCUACUGGAGAAGCUCUUGGAAAAUGGGUGUAUUAUAUAAUGGUUUAUCAAAUCCUUUUAUCUGUAGUGAUUGGAUUUGUUAUUGGUUAUAUUGGUAGAAAAAUUAUUUAUUGGGCAUUUCAAAGGGGAUUUAUUGAUAAGGAGGUUUUCUUGGCUUUUAUAAUUGUAUUGGCUUUCUUUGUUUUGGGAAUUGUUGGAAUUAUAAGUAGUGAUGAUUUAUUAGCAUCUUUUAUAACAGGUGAUUGGUUUCGUAAAGAAAUGCAUGGGUCAAAUGUUCAAGAAGUUAUUGAUAUGCUUUUUAAUAUGACAAUAUUUGUAUUUAUUGGAACUGCCAUGCCAUGGUCCUCCUAUAAUGAUGAUUAUUUAGGCUUAUCAUAUUGGCGUUUAAUUUUGAUGGCUAUUUUUAUACUUUUCUUUCGUAGACUUCCUAUUGUUAUGGCUUUAUUUAAAUUUAUGCCUGCUGUAAAAACAACUCAAGAAGCUUUAUUUACUGGUUGGUUUGGUCCAAUGGGUGUUAGUGCAGUGUUUUAUGCUCAAGUUGCAAGAGAAACCUUUACACAUUAUAAUAAUGAACUUGAAAAUCCUGAUGACCCUAACGCUCUGAAUUAUCUUCAUAAAGUAAAAAUAAUAAAAGUAAGAAAAAACACUGAAAAAAUCAAUGUCGAUGGUGAUAAUAACACGAAGGGUGGAAAUCUUGAUAUUGUUGUUAUUAAUGAUAAUGAAAAUCCGACUGCCUCACAACAAAACAGUUAUACUUUGAUGACUUUAGAAAAUCAAGAUCAAGAACUUAAUAUCAUAAAUGUAAACAAUCAUAAAAAAUAUGCCAUUUAUAAUGAUGAACAGGAUAAUCUUUUUAUCAAGGAUGAAAAAGAUGGUUCAAUGUAUGUUAUUUCAAAUAAUCCUCUAUCAGAAACUGCAACCGUGACCAUAACUACAACUACUGCUGCUGAUAAACUAGAACAUGUUGGUGAUGAUCCACAUUUGAAUAACAAUGAAUCAAAUAAAAGAUCUUCAUCGACAUCUUUACUCCAGGAAGGAAAGAUUGCUAAUAUUGAUAAAUAUAUUGAAAAUAGUAUUGUUUGUCGAGCAUUUCUACAAAUUGAGUAUGCAGAGAACGAAAAAAAAAGACAAGAGGCUCGUGCUGCUCGUGCUGCCUUAACACACGAUUAUAGAAAUAAAAGAAAUAAAAAAGUUGGUGUAGAUGCACGGUUUUUUGCACAGAUUAGAAAAUUAUUACCAAUUUGUAUACCUGGUGUUGCUACCAAGGAAUUCAUACUACUUAUUAGUCUUGCAUUUGUUUUAAUUGCUCGUACAUGGCUUGACAUAUGUCACGUAGUUAAAGCAAUUGUAUCUAGAGAUAGAAAAGCUUUUAUUUCAAGAGCGUGGCCAAUGAGCGUAGUAAACAAUUCCUUAAAACUUACUAUAAAUGCAUUAGCUUUAUCAUUUAGAACACGCCUUACAAGGUAUGCUCACGAACAAUAUUUAAAAGAUAUUACAUUUUAUAAAAUUUCAAACAUUGACAAUAGAAUUCAAAAUGCAGAUCAAUUGCUUACUCAGGAUAUUGAUAAAUUUGCAGAAAACUUGACGCCAUUGUAUAUGAUUGUAUAUUUCAUGUCGUCUGGAUUAUUUUUACGUGCCAUGUCACCACCAUUUGGAAAAUUUACUGCUAUAGAACAAAAACUAGAGGGUGACUUCCGUUUUACACAUUCUCGAAUAAUUACUCAUUCAGAAGAGAUUGCUUUUUAUGGUGGUAAUAAUCGUGAAAAGGCUGUUGUGAAUGGAAGUUUCGAUAAGAUCGUGAGACAUGUAAAGAAAAUCUAUAGAUUAAGAUUCUUUAAUGGCAUUAUUGAUUCGGUACCAGUAUUUGAUCCUAGAUACGCCACUGAAUUCAUGGCUGGAUACUUGGUGAAUUUAUCACAAGCUAUUGGAAGAUUAAUUCUUGCUGGCCGUGAUUUAACCAGAUUUGCUGGGUACACUUCCCGUGUUGCGGAAUUGUUUGAUGUAUUAGAGGAUGUUAAUAAGGGUAGAUAUGAACGAGCCAUGGUUGUAAGUAAAGAUUCUAAAGAAGCAAAUGUUAGUAGAGCUGUAACACCAAGCGAUCUUAAAGGAAAAAUUAUAAGAAGUGAUGGUGUUAUAAUUUUUGAAAAAGUUCCAAUUAUUACUCCUAAUUAUGAUGUUUUGACUGGAAUGAAUUGUUUAAUAUCUGGGCCUAAUGGAUGUGGUAAAAGUUCUUUAUUCCGUAUUCUUGGAGAUUUAUGGCCUUUAUUUGAUGGAGUUGUUACAAAACCAACACCUUCCAAAUUAUUUUAUGUUCCUCAAAAACCAUAUUUGGCACUUGGAACUUUUCGUGAUCAAAUAAUCUAUCCUGAUACCAGAGUUCAAUCAAGAACUAAAGGAUGGGAUGAUGAGAAAUUGAUGGAACUACUUGAAGUUGUGCAUUUGGGCUAUUUGGUUGAACGUGAGGGUGGCUGGGAUGCUGUACAAGAUUGGGCUGAUGUUUUAUCCGGUGGUGAAAAACAGAGAGUUGCAAUGGCUAGACUUUUUUAUCAUCGUCCACAAUUUGCAAUAUUAGACGAGUGUACAUCAGCUGUUAGUGUUGAUGUAGAAGGCAUUAUGUAUACAUAUGCUCGUAAAUGGCUUCUAAGAUUUGAUGGAGAGGGAGGUUAUGAAUUUAGAAGACUUGAGGAAAGCGAUUUAACAACGCCAUUUUCUCUCCCACAUACAAAGCAAUCAAACAAUAAAUUUGUAACAAAAAAAGAUGAUGAAGAAUAA